AUGGCGCAAGUUUUUGAAGGCUCCCUGCUCACGAUUGGAGCAGCCAUCUCAAAAGGUGACAAAGAUUCACUGUUUUUCCAAGACAAGAUGCGCACUGCCAGCUUGAGAAAACAUGUCGGUCAAAUGGAGGAUGGUUCUUCCUAUACCAUCUAUUCCCGGCUUUCUCAUCGCUACCAUCCAACCGAUGGAUCUACACGGGGGGACGAAAGCGAAAAAUAUCCCCUCAUGACACGAGCCUGGGUAUAUCAAGAGAGGUUGCUCGCACCACGCUUCUUGUACUUUGGCGAAGAGUUGAUCUGGGAAUGUCGGCAAGCUUCAGCUUCUCGUCCCUUUUGCCUGACUGCUCAAAAGAAGAACUUUAUCUGCAAUGGCAGGAUAUAG